UCCGGAGAAGUGUCACAGAAAAUCGCCUGUGGGUCAACUGGAAAGGUUGCAUGGAUCAAAAGUGAGAAAGCCGGUGAAAGUGGUGGUUGUGCUGUGGUUGCAAGUGUUCGAAUCAACACUCUUUUUUCCUCUGCUGUUCUGUUUGGAUUGAGAAAGAAACUUUUAUGCAGUGCUUUGACUGAAAUGACAAAACGAUAUGCUGGCCCGGUGGAUAGAGUUGUUUCAUAAUUAUUGAGGAUUUUAAUUGUUUUAAAUAGCGGAUAUUUCAGACAAAUAUGAAACUCCUGUUAUUGUCUGUAAUAUUAGUUUCAGGAAUAGUGAUCCAAACUGUACAAUCACGCUCCUUAGAAUUAGAAGAAAAUGAUUUAAAUUCUAAAGGAAAUAUCAGAAAGAAAAGAAAACUGGAUGAUGUUGACGUCAUCAAUCGCUUUGAAUUGGACAGGGUUCCAUCAUUGCAAGAUGCUUUUCGUAAUCUACCACCUUUCGAGAAAGACUGGAUAAACUCUCCUCCCACGAACUUUACUUUUCCAUUCUCACCCUCAGAGAAACCUAUCAACGAUUCAUCCGAAUUUAAAUUAGAGCUUUCUAAAGACGAAGAGCAUGUUUUCAGUGGAAGGUACAGGGGUAAUUCCGCUGUAAACUGGUGGUACAGCUUGGAAUCUUAUUCGAAUGUUACGCAUUUUAAUUUCACAGACACAGAAUCAGAUGUGGACAAUGUUCUUGAAGAGAGGACAGCUGUUACCAGAAAGCAAGAUGAGGAUCACGUUGUGAGUCGAGUACCAGGUCUGAGAUCUGGACGGUGGUCAACAUUCGAUGAGGUAGUUCUUGAAUCUCCGACUACUCCUGGUGUGACUGUAACUCUACCACCACAAGUGGAAACACCAAAUGUAACAACAAGAUAUAUUCUUUUGCAAUCUGGAAGAAUAGUGGCCAUUAAUGUUACUUCUGUCUCAAAUGUAUUUAAAUCAACAUCUGGAUCAGGCGGUGGUAACAACCCUUCCCUUCCACCUGUAUAUUUUGGUGCUCGUAUAAGGAAAAACAAUAGUUUAGCCUCAAACAAUGGUAAUGAAAUUAACAAAAGGUCUAAUGUUGAAUCUGCUGAUGUUAAGCCUGCUGUAAUUUCAGGACCAAAUCGAAUCAACACACAAAUGCCGCCAGAAAGAUUUCAAAAUCUUCGAUAUGAUCCCGUUACUACAAAACAUCCAAUGGUAACACGUAAUAAUAUUCUUACACCUCCACCCACAAUAAGACGAAACACAAUAGCGGAACGAUUACAAGAUCCAAGGGCUGAUUUUACAACCACUAGUUCUCCAAGUUCAAGAUUAUCCUCAGUUAUUACGGCUACUAUAGCUACAAAUGUGGUUAAACCUGCAGUUGUCUACGAAGUAACUCGAGCUAACUUUCAAGUACUUCCUGAAAAGUUGCAAAAUCUAACUAACACAGUGACAAAUAAAUCUCCAUCACUAAUUUUCAGCACACCUCCACCAACUAUCAGACCUCAGGUACCAACAGAAAGACUUCAAAACUUGAGGAUCGAUCCUAUAACAACAAAAUCUCCAAAGAUAGAGGAAGUACCAAGAACUCAAAGCGUUGUUCUUUCUCCUCCACCUACAAUCAGAACCAAUAUUGUUACAGAAACUCCAAAGCCUUCAGAAAAAGAAGUAGAACUGACAAAGAAACCAAUCACGACAUUAUCUCCAGCAAGAAUAUCUUUAUCUUCAAAAUUUCCAGAGACUAGCACUAAUCCAGUUACCGAAACAGUUAAAAUUACAAAUGUUGUUACUAAAAAUGUGUUUGAAAUGACACCAACAACAAAACGUAUUCCUGAGAAUCGACAUACCGAUCCUUUAACAACUCAAAGAAUUAGGAAUUCUCAACAAAUUCCUACAAAGCAUCCCUCGAUGCUCUCUUCAACAAGUAUAUCAACAUCAUCACCACCGAAGUCCACAAAAGUAGAAAAAUUUUCUACUGGAAAAACACCACCACCUCCAUCACUUUCUUAUUCUCUCCCUCCCAGAAAUAUAAUUGAGACAAUUUUCGAAGUUUUCCAGCCAGAUACUCCAGAACUGCCCUUUUUAGUGGUCACAUUCGACUCUUUAAAGAAACAGUCACCAACAGUAGUCACUCCAGUAGAAAACUCUUCAGUAGAAAAUAAGAGGACAAAUAGAGAAAGAACAGGACGGCUAAUCGAAAGUAAAGUCGAGUAUGAGAAAAUUCGAUCAACCAAGCCAUCAUUGGUUCAUUAUAAUUUUAAUCCAUAUCAUCGAACUUCUGUAACAUCGAUACAAAAUUCCCCCACUACGAAAGUGUUGACAACGACGUGGGGUCGAAACAGAGGCUCAUCAAGCAUUCAGGUUACGCCUCCAGUGAAUAGUAUCAUUGAGAAAGAUUUCAAGCCAACUGAAUCGCUCCCCAAAUUGCAACAUGAUUUUGUGCGAAUUAAUGCUGUAACGUUUCCUACAACACAAACCAUAGCGCCACCCUCCCCAUUAGUGAAUCCUGCCACAACUACACGGCGUCCUAGGUACAGAGGCCUUUCAUUCGUUACAAACAAGCCAACUCCUCUUCCCAAGACAGUCCCUCCUCCUCCUCCUCUUCCAGUCACUACCAGUAGGAAACCACGACAAAACCAGGGAUUCCAUCUUCGCAACUCCAUCGGUUUUCAGACCAUUCCGCCAGCAGCAUUUUCGGACAGACGAUCUUUGCCCGGAUCGACCACUCAAACGCCAGACAUCAGAGCUAUUACCGAAGAAGAAAUGAAAAUGGACCAAAUAUUCCGUUUCGAACCAACCCGAAAGAACGCAGUAAGGGCCGACCAUCUUCAAAAUCUCCCAACUCCUGGUGUUACCCCAGCCUACACUAUCCAGUGGUUUCGUCCGACAACAAAAAAAGCAAAACUUACAUCAACAAAACCAACUGUGCCCAGGGUCGUUUCUCCGUCCAGAUCUCCUCGAAGAUUAGAAGAAAGAGCUCGUCCCAUACCUAGCAUCCCACCAAAAGAAACCAGCAUACGAGACAGAAAUUCGCAACGUCAACGUCCGCAACUUGUGACAGAGGAAGAAGUGAAUAAAAGUUCAUCAAAAUCCACAGCGAAACCUUUCAGAGUUUAUUAUUUUGAGCCUAAAAGGAAAAAACAGAAACAAAACGAUACAACUACUGAUCCACCCAAAAGCCCCAGAAACCGAAUUGCAACUGAACGUGUUCAAGCAACAACAAGCAAUCCCCCUUGGAGAGCCCGAGUGGACCACCCUCAGCGAGCCCCAAGAGUUUUGAGCGAGUCUCCUAGAAGGAGUCAACCUCCAGUAGCACGAUCUGCCACUCCUUCAGUACCUAUUCAAGGCAUCGCCAGUGUGUCCAACAGUCAAGACCGUUCUAGAAGAGGUCGAGCCAGAGUCAUCAAUCUUCAGACAUCAAGUCCAAGUUCGACAACUCAAGUAGUGCCCUCAGCCCUUCCGCCCAGUAAAAAACCGUGGUACAGUCCAUUUAUAAGACAUCAGCCCAACGUUGGUACCACUGUUCAAUCAUCAAAUAAUAAUAGGGUAACCCCUGCACCGUCAAUUGCCCGUUCUACAAAAGCCAUCCCUGUUGAGAGUUUCCCUCUUCCGCCAGGAGAUUCUUUUGAGGAAGUUAUUUUCCAACCCUUGGAGAUAAGAAGGAUAAAUUAGAAAAAGAAAAAUAUUUUUGCAAUUGUAAUGAGUUGUGGAUUAACGAAGAAACAAUGUUAAUAGAAAUAUGUGAAUAGUGCGUCAGAUGACUAUGAGUUAUUAAGUGUGAGUAAAUGGACCAAAGAACCUAAAACAUCUUUUUGACGAUCCGAAGUAAAGAAAAAAUUUGUGAUAAACUGUUACAUUAAAGACUUUUUUUGAUGCUUUACAGAUUUUAACAUCAAGCGCUAAAGCAAGAUUUUUGUGGUACAGAUAAUAUAGCAAUAUAUGAAGGGAGUAUUGCAUAAAAAGUUGGCAUUGGGUUAUUCAAUGGAUUGGAUUAUUUAGUGUUUUAAAAACUUGGAGUGGAAAAAAAAUGGGGCAAACUAAUAUGUUAGAAAGCUUUUUCACAUUUUGCAAAUAUGAACAAGUUCUACAAAAAGAAUUUAAAAAGAGGGGAACAAAACAACAUUUAUCGGAAGCAAUUCGAGUUGUGAAGCGAUAGAAAGCAAUGCGGAACAUUAUGAGCUGUAUAGCUCUUUUGGUUAUUUGUACAGUUGAGUGGAUUUUUGUCCCAAGCUUAAUUUACCUUUGUAAAAUCAAUUUUUUAAAGUUUUUAAUAGACUAAAUAAUUUAUAAUAUUUUCACGUGAUUUAAUGUAGAUUCUAUGAAGAUGCAUUUUAUUUCAAUGUAAUAAUUUGUGUUUUGCAUCAAAGCUUUUUUUUUUGGUAUCAAAUGCCUUGACGUGUAUUCUAUGAAUUAGAAUCAUGAUCAAGGUGAUUCACGUAAAAUAUGUAUUUGAAAAUAAAUUAGACAUCACAAAA